GGGGUGGCAUCGGAUACACCUUCGCUUGAAUUUUUCAAAAUCAAGUAAGCCAACCAGACCGUAAAGUGGUGUUCUGUAUCUCUUCCCAGGAGGGCGAAUACUCGCUUACACUCAUGCGAACAUUGAUUGGAAAUAUAUCUUAUCUACUUCUCGGUAGGGAUAUAUUGGGUCCAGAGCCGAUUUGGCGAAUCGCCAGUACAGGAGCUAAAAGCAUUUUGAUGCCACUUGUGCGUCUCGCCCUCAAGGCCAUUCCAUACCUCGACUUUGAGGUCGAACAGAUUCUAAUCAGAAGCGACUUGCAUGAUACCACCUAUGAAGAUAACAAAAAGGGUCAUGACCCGAUGCCCAGUAUACCGCUGCAGAAACCGUUGGAAAAAAGUGUUAGGUCACGCUCACGGGAUGGCUUCCUAUUACGGCUGCCCUGCUCCCCCUCCACCACCCCCCUAUCGCCCUCAACCUCCGCCUGUGUAUCGUCCUCGCCUGCACAUAAUCUUCAGCAACCGCCGGCGUACCGCGGCCCUCUACUUCCGCAAACCAAAGUCCGGGCGGCUACUUCAACGAUCCAAUAAUACGCCCACGUCUUUGCGGUACGUGGUUUUGCAUAGGGCAAUGGUAUGAUAUCCUUCCGCGUCUGCCCGCCGUAACUUGAUUACGCAGAAGAUUAUAUUGGAUUUGGAGUCGAAGUUACAUGAGAUUGGCUACCAGCGCUUCUCAUUCUACAGCUAAGGCGGACGGGGCUACAUGAGAAUGUCAUAUGUAACAAAAAUUGGUCAAGGUGAUCUUUUACUGGUCCCACCCAGUCCGAUCCCCAGGCCUCUGAUCCGUCAUUACUUCUUCGAGCGGAGGGACGAAAAAGGUGUAUUCCCUUGCUGAGAGCAUGUAGCAUAUGGAUCAUGUUGGAAAGACAGAAAUUAAUAUCGUUACAAGAAUAUUGAACAAUAGAAGAAUAAAAGUUCUACAGACUUCAGGCUCAAAGCAGGACAGGAAUGACAAACAAGGUCAUGAAUACUCAUGGCGUACA